GUUCGUUUCGGAGGCGCAGUGACGGACAUCCCGGAGUCGAGCGCACUGGACUCAUAAACACAAUGUUGUCAGUCUUGAACAAGUAGAUUUCAAUUUUGAAAACCUUUUUAAUCCAUCCACUCAACGUGAAAUGGGCAUUGUGUAAUUGUUGGUCUGACUGUGUAAGCACUUAUGCCUUAAAGAAUGAGUGUCUUAGGGAGGAGGACUGUUGAAAUGAUGCUACACGGAGAUGGAGAAUGGAGGACCCACAAGAGUGCAUGACAAGCUGGUCAGUGCUGGUUUGAAGAAAUCAUAAAAAGAGGAGAAACGCAUAUCACCACUUGAAGCCAUGGGGAUACGACACCUCCUGCUUCUUUUGGUCUAUCUAGACCCACUGUGUGUCCUGAGCGCAUCCACGGCCAAGCGGAGCAAACCCCCUCCAAAGAGACCCCCCAAAGUAAAGGAGGUCAACAGCACUGUUGCUCCGACAGUGGCACCCCAACGGAUCACACAAGUCCAGGCACCCAUCAUCGGUGAUCAUGACACCUGUCUCGGCUACUACGACGUGAGCGGUCAGUUUGAUAAAGAGUUCUCUUGCAACAACACUGACCACCGGUACUGCUGCGGGAGCUGCUUCCUGCGCUUCUGCUGUCCCGUGAAAGCCAAACGGGUGGAUCAGAGAGUCUGUACCAACUACAACACGCCCGACUGGAUCAAAACCCAACCGCCUUCACCCGCACCCACAGGGGACACGUACGACCCAGCGCUGGACCAGACCAACACCACCGUCUACAUCACCUGCGGGGUCAUCACCCUCAUUAUCAUCCUGGGGAUUUCUGCCAAAGUGGCCUAUGACAAAGCCACCAGACCACCUCAAGAAAUGAAUGUCCACAGAGCGCUGGCGGACAUUUUGAGACAGCAGGGGCCCAUUCCCAUAUCACAGUACGAGCAUGAAAAUGUCGCGGCUAUAGACACCUCGCCCAAAGAGAACACACCUGUACGGACAUCCAAGAACCACUACACACCGGUGCACAACAAAAACAACCACGGGCAUUAUGGGAAAGAAAACUUCCGCAGUGGUCAAGACAUGCACAACUUCAUCUCCUCCGGCUUUGUGACGCUCGGCAGGGGCCAUCUGAAAGCGCAGCACUCUGUUGAUGAUCUCGGGCAGCUGUCCUGGCAGGGCGACCUGGACGAAAAGAAAGCCGAUAGAGUUUCAGAAAGCACCUGGACAUCCCGCUCCACCACCGAAGUGGGUCUUUCGCAGCACUCUGUUGAUGAUCUCGGGCAGCUGUCCUGGCAGGGCGACCUGGACGUUCCUCUGUCCUACAUUCACUCAGAGGUGGAGCUGGACAUCCAGAGAGGGGGAGCUGGAGGUCAUUUGGUUCUGCAAUGCGUCACUGCCGUCCGUGAGGACUCUGAGCGUAAUCGACCCUGCGAGCAGAAAGGUAAUAUCUCUAGCAGUUUUUCAGCUCAGAUGUUAUCAGCAGCUGUUUUGACGUGCAGACAGACUGCGGCGUUCAGAGAUCAGUGCCAAGCAGCGGUCAGAUCCACUCAGACGUCAGUCACCAGGAGCGGCAGACUGACUGACAGGCUCUGUAAAGUCGUGUAA